GGUCCGGUUUAUUCAGACCGAUCACCGAAAUCUCCCAAAUCCCGCCACUCAGAAUUCAAGAAACCUCUGCCAGGGUUCUUGAAACACUAACCCCCAUCAAAACCCUAACAGUACUCCAUGGCCAGUGAAGACGACAGCGUCGCCCCCUCUCCCUCCGGAGACUCCGAGCCCUUCAAUGUCGAGGGCUACGCCCGCUACAGGGGCCGCACGAUGAUUUCUCGCCUCCUUUUCAUCGCCGAGAGAUGCAGUGACCCAGAAUCGCAGAUGGACGCGCUUCGACUCGCGUAUAUGAAGAUCAAGAGGACGGAGGAUACGCAGCUCCAUCGUCGUGUCGUCAAGAUGACCAACGGGCGUCUUGGGCCAGAGUAUGGGCUCGAUCAGGCGUGGAUUGAUGACGUGGAUCGAAGAAUGGCGCACGGAAAGGAUGAGCUCCAGAAAGACGUCAGUGAUGCUCAGUAUCGUCUCUAUGAAGAAGGAAUCAGAAGGGCACUUGCGGAUUUUGGAGAUUUUUACUAUUCCCAUGGUCACCUUGCGGAUGCUUUUGAGAAAUAUGUCCAGAGUUGUGACUAUUGCACUACUGAGGAUAAUACAAUUCAGAUGUACCUGAGGGUAAUCCUUGUGAGCAUCGAGCUCGGCCAGUUCUCGUAUGUUUCACAUUAUGCUGAUAAAGCGAUGAAAGCAUCAUGCUCAUUGAGUCCUCUCACAGUUGGAAAAUUACUGUGUGCAUCAGCAUUAGCUUAUUUGCAUGGAAAGGAGUAUAAGCUUGCUGCUUGCAAGUUUGUGGAAAUGCGUCGUGCACUGGGAAUCAGAUAUACAGAAGUGGUAACACCUCUUGAUAUCGGAACAUAUGGUGGUCUUUGUGCACUUGCUUCAUUUGACCGAACUGAGCUGGUGAAAAAAGUGAUAGACAAUGGUGUCUUCCAGAAUUACCUAGAGUUUGUGCCUCAAGUGAGGGAACUUAUCAUUGACUUUCAUGAAAGAAGGAAUUCCUAUUCAAUAAAAAGUACCCUUGAGAAACGUAGAAAGAGGGGGCGGUCUGAAUGGCGUACUUUAGUAGGCGAUUUUUCAUCUGCUAACGUGCUCCCCCGCCUUGAUUUUCAUGGCGAAAAAGAAGAAGAUCGGAGGCAAGAGUGUUCAGAGCAAUGAAAUUAGAGAUUCUAUCUUCGUUUUUUCUCCUUCAGCUGCGAUUGAUCCUGAAGCCUCUUCAUCUAAUGCUGGAGCUGAAGUCAAUGGAACAGUUUCUUCUCAGGAUAUGGAGAGUACCGGUCCUAAAGGAGCAAAGAACAAAAUGCUUAUGGAGGAGAUUCUUGCUAGAUCCAGUCCUUUAACAAUUCCCCAGUCCCCACAAAUGAGAUCUGGUGUGAUGAUUCCUCGUCGUUUAGGUAAAACUCCUAACUCUGCUUUAUGGUCAGAUCAAGUUGAAGAUAUUUCUGAUUCAGAU